AUGGAAUCUGGAGGGCCGAAGCCCGAACAAACUCAACUCGGGCCUUCGGCCCGAGCUGUACUCCAAGUCCGGGGACGAGGAGGAAAAAACUCACCUCGAGCCGAAGCCCGAGCUGAGACUCCAAGGCAAAACACCAUGGAAUCUGGAGGGCCGAAGCCCGAACAAACUCAACUCGGGCCUUCGGCCCUAGCUGUACUCCAAGUCCGGGGACAAGGAGGAAAAAACUCAGCUCGAGCCGAAGCCCGAGCUGAGACUCCAAGGCAAAACACCAUGGAAUCUGGAGGGCCGAAGCCCGAGACUCUCAGACAUCCAACCGAAAGGAAGCAGGCUUUGUCUGUGUUUACUUUGAGGCCAGUCUUGGUCUGCAGACAGCGAUCAAUGCAGCACUUUUAACGAGCAAGCUAUGGUGUUUUAUGCAUUCAAUUAUAAACAAUGAACAAUGGAUAAAGCAGACGCCAUUGCUAGUAUCCAAACCUGAAUAUUUCCAUAACAAAUAUUCAAGCUGUUCACCGUUAUAUGGUCGUUGAACCAUAGCUCACUCAAUAAAAAAUCCUCCAUGCACCACCAUCCACCAUUUAUUUCACUUAGCUCUCUAUUGACAGACAGGCACCAUUCAUUGACUAACAGGAAUGUGAAUACUUGUAGGUGCUGGCUACAAAUAAUCACAACUGAUCAUAUCCUGUACAUACAAUCAGCCCUGUAGUCCUACCUUAACUCUCUCGAUCAACUGUCAAUAGAGGCUUUUUCUUGUUUGAAAAGGAUCCGCCUCUUUACGAUUAGAAUCUGAAAGGCUUCUGCAGUGGGCACUGAUCGCCUUGUUAUCCAUCUUUCGGGUCCGAAUAAAAGUAAAAAAAGUGCUGGCGUCCUCACUUAAGAGGCUCAU